ACUUGAUUUAAACAUAUCCUCUGUUCAUGUGUGGUGAGUUUGCUGUGAUUAUGCUAUUAGGUCAUGAAGAUACAGGAAGCUUGACCCGAAGUUGCAGCGGUGGCAGCAGCAGCCUAGGAUCAGGAUCAAUAUCCAAAGUGGCGUUUCUAGAAGCCAAGAUCCAAUGGCAAGAUAAAAUAAUCAAGGAUCUUGAGGAAGAACGGGCAUUCUUACGUGAGCAAAUCAUGGGGGGGAAAGAAGAAAUCAAUGAGUCCUCAGACAGUGAUGUUUCCAUCCGAAGACGGAAGAAGCCACAUCACACACGGUCACCUGCAACUGUGGCUGUGCCUGUGCAAGCUCAUAAGAGAGUCAAAGGGCCAGCUGAGGUUAUUCACAGAUAUCAAAAAGUCCUCAAAAGCUUCAGCCGUGUUCGCACGAUGACUCAAGCCUUCAGGAUCAAUGGUGUGGAUCGGGGAACCAUCAAGAUGACUGCUCCAAUUGCUGAGCUCAAGAUUGUGGACCCUGAAACAUACGCCAGUCUAAAGUUUGAUCCUGCAAAAUGGGAUUAG